GUCAAAAAAGGAACCCGCAAAAGAAAAAGCUCAAAGUAGGCGGCACGCGGGAGCAGGCGCUUCAGUUCACUUUUCGCUUCUCAACCGACUGGACGUGUGCUUUCUGGUAUAAGCGAAGAAGCAAGUCCCCGGGAGUGUGACGUCGACGACCUUCGAAGCAGCGCCGUCGCCCAGACUGACCUCAGAAAGAGCUUGAAAGUUUUCGUCCCGUAAGCACCGAAACACACACACAUCCAGGAUGGCCGAGGGUGACAUGCCGACGUUCAAGUGCGUGCUGGUCGGAGACGGCGGCACCGGCAAGACGACCUUCGUCAAGCGCCACAUGACCGGCGAGUUCGAGAAGAAGUACGUCGCGACGCUCGGCGUCGAAGUGCACCCGCUGGUGUUCCACACGAACCGGGGCGCGAUACGCUUCAACGUCUGGGACACGGCCGGCCAGGAGAAGUUCGGCGGGCUGCGCGACGGUUACUACAUCCAGGGACAGUGUGCCAUCAUCAUGUUCGACGUGACGUCCCGCGUCACCUACAAGAACGUCCCCAACUGGCACCGGGAUCUGGUGCGAGUGUGCGAAAACAUCCCGAUCGUGCUGUGCGGCAACAAGGUCGACAUCAAGGACCGGAAAGUGAAAGCCAAGGCGAUCGUGUUCCACCGGAAGAAGAACCUCCAGUACUACGACAUCUCCGCCAAGUCCAACUACAACUUCGAGAAGCCCUUCCUGUGGCUGGCCCGCAAGCUGGUCGGCGACCCGAACCUGGAGUUUGUCGCGAUGCCCGCCCUCCUGCCCCCAGAGGUCAAGAUGGACAAGGACUGGCAGCAGCAGAUCGAGAAGGAUCUGCAGGAGGCACAGGCCACGGCACUGCCCGACGAGGACGAGGACUUGUAAGAGAGGAUCUCCGUCCGUUGCGCCCUCCCCAAUCCCCCUUUUCCCCUCCACAGUCUCAAUACAAACCAACCAACCAUCAGAACAGCUUCUUUAACGUUUAAGAAAAAUUGCAAAAUAAACCUAAUGAAAAAAAAGAAGAAGCAAAGCAGCGAGCCCCCGUUUAACGUAUUGUAACGAUACUGAGAGAAACAAGCUGAGAAAUUAUGUUUAGUAAUUAUUGAUUAUGAUGAUGAUGAUGGUGAGAAUCGCGAAAAGAGGAGAGCUUUUGUUUUUUUCUUCUCGUCUUUUUCGGUCCUUUCGGUAGCAGCAAAAGGGUAGCGAAGAUAAAGGAGUUUAGAAAGAGAGAGCGAAAAGAAGCCGAUGUGAGAAUUAGACUUAAGUAUGUUCACACACUAACACAGACACACACACGUAGGAAAAAUACACACCUGCAACUAUUUUGAUUUUAGUUGAUUAUUUUUCCCGCCAGCCCUCUUCAGCAUUUCUAAAUUCUACAAUUGUAACUCAAAACGAAUGCGCGCUGUUUUUGUUGUAAUGCACUCUCGUUUCCUUGCGAGCAAAAUUGCGUUUUUUUUUUUGCGUAGAAAGUUAGGCAAAGUGUCCCCUUUUUUUUUGUUGUUUCUAAAAUAUGUUAAAAACUGCAAGUAAGAUUGUCGUUUCCAAGUACAUACCAGAAUAAAAGUGGCGCUCACUCGCAGGCCACCCCCCUAAUUAAUGUAAAGUUAAUUUAAUACACACAAAUAUAUUGCUUUAUUCUGUAAGUAAGGAACGAGAGUCUUUUAUUAGCCUCUUUUUUUUUUUGAUUGAGUUUCUCCAGGAAGAAACGAUCAAGGUUGGAUCCAAAGCUGUACAUUUUCGUUCGAAACAUUUCUUCCUACUGUUUUUUUAUGUUUUCCCCCAAUCAUAUAACAAAUCCCGUUGUGUUUAAGUUUUUUUUUCCCCCAAACCUAACAAAACGGUGUGUAGAAUCCAAAUAAUGUAAAACACGGUGAAGUGACAAAAUAUGCUUAAUCCUCGUAAGCGAAUUGAACUUAGUGAGUGUACACGGUAUGAAUGCGUUUGAAUAAAAAAAAAUCAAUUUCUUUUAAACUUA